UUCCCAAAUCCCAAACACAGACAAGACAGCAGAGGGGAAAAGAGAGAAGAGAGAGAGAGAGAGAGCGAUAGAAUGGAAGUAGAAGGAAAGACGACGCCGUCGAGGUUCAAAAGGAUAUGCGUCUUCUGUGGCAGCAGCUCAGGGAAGAAAGCCACCUACCAGGAAGCUGCGGUUGAGUUAGGCCAGGAACUGGUGGAGAGAAGGAUUGAUUUGGUGUAUGGAGGUGGAAGCGUGGGACUGAUGGGCCUUGUUUCUCAGGCUGUUCAUGAUGGUGGGCGCCAUGUUCUAGGGUCAGUUCCCUCUCUCUCUCUCUCUCUCUACAUAACGGGGCAGUCGGUUGGAGAGGUUAGAGCUGUAUCAGAUAUGCACCAAAGGAAAGCCGAAAUGGCACGCCAAGCCGACGCCUUCAUCGCCUUGCCAGGAGGCUACGGAACCCUGGAGGAACUGCUUGAGGUCAUUACGUGGGCUCAGCUUGGCAUCCAUCGCAAACCCGUGGGGUUGUUGAACGUGGAUGGAUACUAUAAUUCAUUAUUGAGUUUCAUCGAUAAAGCUAUGGAUGAAGGGUUCAUCUCGCCGAUGGCACGUCGCAUUAUCGUGUCCGCACCAACUGCCAAAGAAUUAGUCAGGCAACUUGAGGAAUAUGAACCCGAGUAUGAUGAAGUAACAGCCAAGCUGGUGUGGGAGGAGGUGGACCGAAGAAACUACGUGGCCGAACCAGGCGUCGCCACGUGAUGAUAAUGGCGCCGGAGGGAAUCGGAGGUCGGUCUGGCGUUUUGAUUAGCGGAGGGGGUGUUUUUUGGGGCCGGCGGCCGGGUGGCGAAUUUGAUUACUGCUCAGUACAUAUUUUGCUCUUCACACAGGUGCAUGUUUGGGAUUUGCCACAGAGGGAGGAAGGAAGGAAGGUUGGGUUGGUAGGGAGGUUUGAAUUUGAUUGAUUAAUCUGCUUUUGGGGGUCAGCAAUGUAGUGGUGGGGUGAAUUAAUUAGUCUCUAUGAUAUUGUUAGCGGAAAGGGAGGAUGGGAAAGAAAGAGGGGAAGAGUUGGGGGACUGGAAUCGGAAUGGGAAUCUGUUUGUCCCUUUUUGCAAGGAAUUGAAAAGUAGAGUGAUGAUAAUGGAUGUCGACGAAAAGUGGGG